AUGACCACCACUCCUCCUCUCCUCUCCAGACUUCUAGCUCCUCUUCACUCCACAAACUUGAAUUGUUCUUCCUCUCCCAUCCUUUCUCCCACCCACGACCACGACCACGGCCACGACCACGGCCUUCCUCUGACCUCCUAUCCCUCCCACUCUUCCUCCGACUCCGCAAACAUUCGCCGACUUCCGCACCGUCACUUGUUAACCCCUUCUUCGGAGAAGAUGGGCGGCGAUGGUACCCAUAGCCACGCCCGUCGAAGGAGCUCCUCCCUAGCAAGCGUUGCAAGCGUCUUUGGUCAAGGCAGUCUGAAACCGUCAAGCAAGAGGCCACGCCGAAAACCACACAAUUCUGGCAAUAUCCCAGAAGACGACGAAGAAGCCUACUCAGAUGACUAUGUUUCCGGUUCUGCAAACUCUGCUGGUUCCGGUUCGGAUGGGGACACUCCACGCUCAGACGACGGUCUGGAAGACGACGAAGAGACUGGCUUGACGGGCAAGGAGAGACAGAAGCGUCGUCGGAGAAAGAGGCGGAACACACACCUGGAUGAGCGUAUUGCUGGUGACACUACCAUCUCCCAUUCCGAGGCAAAACUGGCAAGGAGGGUUGUGAUACGAGAGGUGGUCAUAAAUACCGUUCUUAUAUGUCUUUGGUAUCUCUUUUCAGUCGCCAUAUCUUUAUACAACAAAUGGAUGUUCAAAGACGACUCGAAUCCCGAUAAACCAAACAUCUUUCCUUACCCUCUCUUUACCACAUGUCUGCACCAGGUCGUGCAAUUCACACUAGCCUCACUUGUUCUCUUCAUCUUCCCUUCCCUACGACCACGAAACGACUCAAUCAACUCACACAAUAGCGCUUCUGCGCGGCAAGACUCUAUUGAUCCGAAGAAGCCUUUGAUGACGAAAUGGUUUUACAUUACUCGUAUUGGUCCUUGUGGCAUCGGUAACGCGCUAGAUAUUGGGCUAGGAAACAUGAGUCUGAAGUUCAUCUCAUUGACAUUUUUCACCAUGUGUAAAUCGUCCGCCUUGGGUUUCGUCCUUAUUUUCGCAUUCCUUUUCCGCCUCGAGAAGCCUUCAUGGAAGCUUGUGGGCAUAAUAGCAACAAUGACCGUUGGUGUGAUUAUGAUGGUCUUUGGAGAGACUGCAUUCAGGCUUCUCGGUUUCAUCCUCGUCAUGACCGCCUCUUGCGCUUCAGGCUUCCGCUGGUCCCUCACUCAAAUCCUUCUCCUCCGCAACCCCGCUACUUCCAAUCCCUUCUCUACCAGCUUCUUCCUCGCGCCCGUCAUGUUUGUCUGUCUGCUGGUGCUUGCGUUGCCUGUUGAAGGAGUCCCUGCACUCAUGGAGGGUCUGCACACUUUGAUGGAGGCGCGCGGCAAGCUUAUGGGUGUCUUGAUUCUGCUCUUCCCGGGUUGUCUCGCAUUUUGCAUGACUGUCUCGGAAUUCGCUCUGCUGAAGCGGACUAGCGUCGUAACCUUGUCUAUCUGCGGCAUAUUCAAGGAGGUCGUAAUGAUUACCACUGCUUCGCUUGUCUUCGAAGACACACUUACACCGGUCAACAUUUCCGGCCUCAUCAUCACCAUUGCCAGCAUCGGGACCUAUAAUUGGAUCAAGAUCAAACAGAUGAACGAAGAUGCAAGGAGGGAUGCACAUCUUGCCGCAGUAGACUAUCAACCCGUCUUAUCUUCGGAGCCAUCAGAAGACUCGAGAUCGGGCAGCGACCUUCCUCCGCGGCAGACCACCCGUCAUCUCAUCAACCAUAGUCUGAGCAUUCCUGCCGGCCAAUUAUUCCCUUCACCACAACCGCCCAUGGUCGACAGCCCUGCACGAGCAUCACCAGUCAAACGGCCGGAAAACCUUGACUAG